AGAAGAAAAAAACUUAAUUUGUUUUAUUUUUUUUUAAAAUACAGAGGCCUCUUAAAUUUAGUCUCUGCGAGCCAGCGUCUGUGCUGCUCCCUCUUCUUCACGACCGCAUCAAUGGCGGCUUCUCUGCUGGCAAACGGCGUCUCCCGCUUCUGUCCCGAUUCACCUAAAUUCCAAAAAGGGUUUUACCAAAAAUCUGAAUUCUUGAAAUCUUCGUGCCCCAAAAGCUCCAGCUCCAUCUCCAGCUCAAGGUUUUCCGGUCGGACCAUCAGAGCAGGAGUCGGAUACGAAUCCAAGACGGUGCAUUCGGACUCAGGUAAGCCUUCAACUUCCUCCGUUGCUGUAGAUGACCCACUUCAGAAGGUGCUCAACCGUAAGUACAAAUGGGGUUUUACGGAACAAAUCGAGUCGUUUUCAAUUCCGAAAGGGCUUUCGGAGGAAACGAUACGGUUCAUUUCGUCGAGGAAGAACGAACCCGAUUGGAUGCUUGGGUUCAGGUUGAGUGCUUUUGAGAAAUUCCUCAAAAUGACAGAACCCAAGUGGUCGGAUAAUCGGUACCCUCCGAUUGAUUUUCAGGAUAUGUGUUACUAUUCGGAGCCUAAGAAUAAGCCGGCUUUGAAUAGCCUCGAUGAGGCCGACCCUGAGCUUCUUAGGUACUUUGAUAAGCUUGGGGUCCCUUUGAACGAGCGGAAUCGAUUGGCUAAUGUUGCGGUUGAUGCCGUUCUAGAUAGUGUUUCGAUUGCUACGACUCACAGAGAGACAUUAGAAAAAGCCGGAGUGAUAUUUUGUUCAAUAACAGAGGCAAUUAGGGAGUACCCAGAUUUGGUUAGGAAGUAUUUAGGAAGGGUUGUGCCUCGUGAGGAUAAUUACUAUGCAGCUUUGAAUUCAGCAGUCUUUAGUGAUGGUUCAUUUUGCUAUAUUCCCAAGGGUGUCAAGUGCCCUAUGCAAAUUUCUACCUAUUUUCGUAUAAAUGCGCUUGAAACGGGACAGUUUGAGAGGACCCUUAUUGUUGCAGACGAGGGUAGUUUUGUGGAGUAUUUGGAGGGGUGCACAGCGCCUUCCUAUGAUACGAACCAGCUUCAUGCUGCGGUGGUUGAGUUGUAUUGUGCAGAGGAUGCGGAGAUUAGGUACUCCACGGUGCAGAAUUGGUAUGCUGGGGAUGAGGAAGGGAAGGGAGGGGUUUAUAAUUUUGUUACUAAGCGAGGCCUAUGUGCUGGCCCUCGUUCUAAGAUUUCUUGGACACAGGUGGAGACUGGGUCAGCCAUUACAUGGAAGUACCCGAGUGUUGUUUUGGAGGGUGAUGAUACAGUGGGCGAGUUCUAUUCUGUGGCAUUGACUAAUAACUAUCAGCAGGCGGAUACAGGAACAAAGAUGAUACACAAGGGGAAGAAUACUAGGAGUAGAAUAAUUUCAAAGGGAAUUUCAGCUGGGAAUUCAAGAAACUGUUAUAGGGGCCUUGUUCAGGUUCAGUCAAAGGCAGAGAAUGCUCGAAACUCCUCACAAUGUGAUUCAAUGCUUGUUGGUGAUUGUGCAGCAGCCAACACCUAUCCAUACAUUCAGGCUAAAAAUCCCACAGCCCGCAUCGAGCACGAAGCCAGCACCUCAAAAAUUGGGGAAGAUCAGUUGUUCUACUUUCAACAAAGGGGGAUCGAGUAUGAGAAAGCUAUGGCAGCUAUGAUUUCUGGGUUUUGCCGGGAUGUCUUCAACAAACUCCCUGAUGAGUUUGGCGCCGAAGUGAACCAGCUCAUGAGUUUAAAGCUUGAAGGAUCAGUUGGUUAGGCUGCAGUUAAUCGGGAGUUUGAAUCUUUUUAUUAUGGUUUGAGCUGUAUCAAUGUAUCAAAGCAGUUGCACAAAGAUAUCAUACACAUCUACGCACUGAAUUUGUAAAUAGAUGCAUUUGGGAGCGGCUAUUUUUCACUCUUUUGUUACCAAAAUAUAUCUUGAAAUGAAUAGGAGUUUCCAAGUUUCCAA